CACUCUGCAGAAACCAGCAAAGUCAUUCGGCGCACCAUCAUUUAAGCCCGUUCUUCGGUGGCCGUCGUCGUGAUGGGUGGUACCCUGUUGCCAGCUCGCCUGCGAUCUUCAUCUUUAGUGCUGGUCACUCUGGCACCGCUGGUGGCGCUCGCGGCAGCAGUGGCGCCCCCCGACUGGAGCGCAGCCCUUGACCACAUGGAGAGACGGGGUGGCAGCCUGUCCAACCCGAAGCUGCAGUCGUGGCCUCUACUGUCGAUAAUGCCCGGCCAAGGGGCCCUGGAGUCCUUGCAGCUUCGCUCGCGCCAGCGGCAGCACUCCCCCUCGUACAGCGUCGAAGGGGACGACGACGGAGGACUAGACUCGCAGGACGAGUCCCGACGGGCCAAGCUCAGGGGAAAGGCCUGCUACUUCAAGAUCUGCCCUUUCAACACUCGAGCUCUGUAGAGGACGCCGGGAUGGACGUAUAACCAUGGACCACUAUAUUUUAGUCACGAAAUAAAUCUGCCGCGGUGGGAUCACAACACGUCACCGUGAAACUUCCGGAA